GUCAGUCACUCUCCAUACAACCCUUGGAGACAUCAAGAUCGAAAUCUUUUGCGAGGCAGUUCCCAAAACCGCUGAAAACUUUCUAGCCCUAUGUGCAUCCGGGUACUAUGAUAAUUGUAUCUGGCACCGAAACAUUAAGGGUUUCAUGAUCCAAACCGGAGACCCUAGUGAAACGGGCAAAGGCGGCCAGAGCAUCUGGGGAAAACCUUUUGCUGAUGAAAUACGUUCUACACUGAAGUUCAACAAUCGUGGUAUUGUCGCAAUGGCCAACUCCGGUCCUGACACCAACAAGUCGCAGUUCUUCAUCACGUACGCCAAGCAACCCCAUCUAGACGGAAAGUAUACAAUCUUUGGCAAAGUUAUUGACGGUGCGGACUCUACCCUCGAUACCAUGGAACGGACACCCGUGGACUCCAAGAAUAAGCCUCUGAAUGAGAUACGACUGACCCAUGUACGUCUAUCUCUCGUCUCGUGCUCUCUUUUAAUAUAUUUCUUUCACAUCUCGUCCUUUCGGGUCCGAAUACGUUGCAUUUAUCUUUAUUCUGUCGGGCUCGAGUUACCGUUCAUUCAAAUCCAAUCGCUGAUGCUCAGCUGGCUGCACGUUGACCGGUUGGAUAUUGGCCGGCUUUCUGCUGCUUCCUUGAUAGCCAGCGGCUAUCUGAUUGCAACAAUAAAUCGACAUGUUUAUUCCCGCGACGUCAAGUAUUCAAACGUUCCAACACUGUACGACUAACUACGCCAGGAUGUCUGACAAUUUUCAAUAACACCAUUGUACUUCUGUAUUCCUACUGUAACAGUAUUGCUACAUUUGUCUCCCUAUGCUUUACCAGGUCUCUUGAAAUCCUUCAACCAAGCUUUGACAAACUCGACUUCCUGCUCGUGAACAGCCUUGAUCGUGGGCGGUUCCGCCGUAUGGUCACUGAUCCCAUUCUCGUCCCAGUGAUGAACAGCUCCUGAGUUCGUUCAUCAACAAUCAGGCUCUGUAACUGCAUCGAAGAACAUCAUGAAUGAAGUACGUACCCUCAAUCAACUUAAACGGACGCAAAGUGGUGUCAGGACGAGGCUUGGCGUCAUCGCUAUGAGGCGUGUUAGGCCUCCAAGGGUCCGCUGUACAGCAAGUUCA